AUGGCAACAGGUAAACAAGAAGUUCAGCGACAGAGGAGAGACAUUUCCGUGAGGAGAAAAGAAGAAGCAGCGCAGGUGUUUUCAGAGGAGGCAAUGAGGAGUGCUGAGGAGGAGGACUUUGAAGAGAUUGGGAUGGAGGCCGCCCACCCCACUACUUCAAGCAGAAACCUUAGACCCUUUAAACAACAUCUCGCCGCCAGAAUCCCAGAGGCAGUGGACGACUUCCUGAGAAAUGUCCUCCAGCGAGUGGGCCUGUGCCGGACUAUAAGCAGCUUCGAGGUGGAGUGGUACGGCUCAGCGCAGAAACUCAUGACCCAGACCCUUAGCAUGGCGGCCUUAGGGGUCCUGUUCGUUCCUGAUGCGCUCACACACAGGCAGCUGAUCCAGAGACAGCUGGACACUGUGCGCAGAGACACAGACCGGCUCAGACAGGAAGUGCUGCAUGCAGGGGAGCGCCUGCAGAGGAUGCAGAGGGAGAGGGACUUCUACCGGCUGCAGUACCAACGUGUCGCCGAAGACAAAAACGGGCUGAUGGAGGACCUCCACCAGCUGAAGAAACACCUGCAGUCCUACAGGCCGGCCCUGAGGCGGCUGGAGGACACAGUUCAGGAGGCUCUCGGAAAGAAAAUGCUCCUCAGUUUAAAAAAAGAUAGAAUUCUAAACACCACAGCACUAAAUCAGGAGAAACCCCAGAUCAAGAGAGAGAGGAGAAGAAAAAGUGUCGGCAGCGCUGAUCACACCGAGGCCCCUCACUCAAAGGACACCGAGGCCCCCCACUCAGAGGACACCGAGGCCCCCCACUCAAAGGUGAUCGAGGCCCACCACUCAGAGGACACCGAGGUUCCAACCUGCAGCAGGGGGCUAGAAACUGAUCAUAAAACCCCUGCUCCUCUCAGCCUGUCCUACUCCAUCAGAGCCCACAAGCUUCCAAUCAGCUGCAUCCACCUCCAUCCACGAAAACUGAUCCUCGCCUCCGCCAGUGAUGACUGCAGCUGGAGGCUAUGGCUGCUUCAAGCCCACGAGGAGAAGGUGGGUCAGAUGGUACUGACAGGUGAGGGUCACUCUGAUUGGUUGUCCGGAUGCAGCUUCCACCCUGAUGGAGGGAAAUUAGCAACAAGCAGUGGAGACUGUACGCUGCGGCUCUGGGACUUCUCUCAGGGGGGCUGUGUGUUGACACUGAGCCACAGCCGGCCCACAUGGGGGUGCUGCUUCCACUCCUGCGGUCACUUCCUGGCUUCUUGCUGUGCUGACAGGACAGCCCGGCUGUGGGACCUGAGCAGCCAGCGCUGCACCCUCACCCUGCGCCGCCACACUGCCUCCGUCAACAGCGUCUGCUUCCUGCCCUUUUCCGACCUCCUCCUCACCUGCUCCGCUGACAAAACCCUGGCCCUGUGGGACGCCAGGCUGGGGGUCUGCACCGCCAGCUUCCAGGGACACCAGUACCCCUGCAACGACUCCACCUGCAGCAUGGCGGGCAACACCGUGGCCUCCUGUGACUCCGGUGGCUUCAUCAAUUUGUGGGACAUCAGGAAGUCUGCAGUGGCGAGGGCCACAGUAGAUGCCGGGCCCCUGGCUGCCAACCAGGUGGCAUUCAGCCCGUCAGGGAGGACGCUGGCUGUGGCCUGCUCCAAUGGUCUGGUCAGGGUCAUGGAAGUGGACUCUCUCGCGUCCAGCAGCCUGUUGGGGCACCGGGAUAGCGUGCAGAGCGUGACCUUCGACCACAGUGGGGGGACAGUGCUGUCAGCAGGGACUGAUGGAUUCAUUAAUGUCUGGGCCUAA